AUGAUAAAUAGAAAUUAUAAUUUGGUAUUUAAAAGAUUUGGAUACUGGCCUCCACAAUUUAACAAUAAAUCCACGAUUCUCAAUUUGCCUUCUGGUAAAAAGUGUUUUGUAUUUAUUGGAAAACGGGAUUGUGAUGGGAAAUUGGAGCCAGUAUUAUGUUUUAUUGACAAGUUAGGAAAUAAAUUAAUGUGGCUAAACAGAGAAGAAGUACAUCAAUUUGAUAAAUUAAUUAAUCGCAUAGAAUCAUAUUUCGAAUUAUUCAAAAAAUGAUUCAAGUUAAAUGUAUAUUAUAGUAACCUUUUCUUAAGAUUAAUUUAAAUUACACACAUUUUAAUGUUUGAC